GUCGACACCAUGUCCUUCGCGUCCCGUAGUCUGUGGCUCAAGGCCGCUUUGGUCGGUCUUGGGCUUUGCCACUUUGCGUCAGCGGCACCGGCAUCCAUCCCGGAGGCCGCGGAGAUCGUGCGGCGGCAGUCGAUCACGACGGUCUCCGCCACCGAGAUCAACUCGUUCACGCCAUACUCGUUUUUCGCGAGCGCAGGCUACUGUGCGGCGUCCAAGACGCUCACCUGGACUUGCGGCACAAACUGCCUCGCGAACCCUAGCUUCAAGCCCGUAGCGGCGGGAGGGGACGGGGACAAGGUUCAGUUCUGGUUUGUCGGUUUUGAUCCCGACCUCAAUACGGUGGUUGUCUCGCACCAGGGUACGGACACCAGUGAGAUCUUGCCUUUGAUCGAGGAUGCAAGCAUCGACAAAACUACGCUGAGCUCUACGUUGUUCCCUGGUGUUAGCUCGUCAGUCGAGGCGCACAGCGGGUUCGCUGGCGCCCAGGCCGACACGGCGAACGCGGUGCUGCAAGCCGUGCAGCAGGCAAUGAGCACGUACGGGACGAACAACAUCGUUACCACCGGCCACUCGCUCGGCGCCGCGAUAUCGCUGCUCGAUGCGCUUUUCCUGCCGCUGCACAUUCCCACUGCGAAGGUGUCGUUCAUCGGGUACGGCCUCCCUCGCGUCGGGAACCAGGCGUUCGCGAACUACGUCGACGCGCAGCCGAUCUCGGUCACGCACAUCAACAACAAGGAGGACUUCGUACCGAUCCUGCCGGGGAUGUUCCUUGGCUUCCAUCACCCCUCCGGCGAGCUGCACAUCCAGGACUCGAAUGCGUGGGUCGCGUGCCCCGGGCAGGAUAACUCGAGCGACCAGUGCACCGUCGGGGACGUGCCGAACAUCUUCGAGGGUGAUGAGAGCAACCACGAUGGGCCGUAUAACGGCGUUGAGAUGGGAUGCUGAUGUGGGGGAGAUGGGUGUUGGUUAUGUUUUGUUAGGGGUUUUAGGCACUGUAUCAUAUGCGAUAUGCAUGGAACCGGAUGUGGAGCUUUUCGCUCUGCCUCAGCGUUCACGUUGCCGAG